AUGGCAUCGCCUGCUUAUAAAAAGUACGACUUCAAUCAAUUUCUGGAUACAGCAAGAGAAAUGAAUAUCCGAGAACCGCCCGACGUUGUGAUUUUCUGCGAACUCAUCUAUGGCGCUGCAAUCACAUGCCUUAAGAAGUUUUUCCUCCGUGAUGUGUUCAAAAUCUUUAUCACUAGUCAUAAGGCCAACAUAGAUCUUAUGGACGUUGUUAUAAAAAGCUUCACGGACUCUACUAAUAGUGGAAAAUUGUCAAAAGCCUGGGCACACGCUCAAAACUGUCAUACCAACUUCUACGAGCUCAAAAACAUGAAAAAAAAACUGAAGCAGAAUAUACUGAAAUCUGUGAGCGAAAUGAACAAUAUCAUCAAAAAAGCUGACAUUGACAUGAUUAAUAACAAUUUGAAGCCAUUUUUGAAACAAAUGGAAAAACUACCAACCAAGAAAACCGUGACUAUUGGGAAUGAAUCAUUUGAGUACAACAAAACGGCCAGUUGGUAUAACUAA